UUUUUUGUCCCUUGUAUCUCCACUUGCCAGGAUUUUUCCUGUCCAAGACUUCCCUCCAACUUUCUCUUCGCUUCUAUAAUCAAUCAGAAGAAAGGUCCCAACCCCGAAAAGAGAGCUAUCCAUGUUCUCCAAAGAUGCUGCCUGAGCCGCCGAGUUACUCCAGUUCUUUAUGAACUCAUUCAAUGCGAUGGGCAGCAGAUGGAGCCCGUGAGGCGUCAGAGGAAUCGAUGCACUCUGCAAAUGCAACAUACCUUUCGACAACUUGUUGGUUUUGCAUAGAUCGCAUCAACGCCGCUUCCGGAUCUAGAUUUUUUUUUAAAGUAAAGCAUUUCGGCCAACUUCCUCAUGCAGCUAAAUAGCGGAACAUGCAAGAUGAAUGCGUUGCAGCCAUGAAUGCCUUUCGCCGGACGGCCCUCUGUGUGUGUGCAAAGUGAGAAGAAAGGUGCUUUUCCCCCCCCCCCCCCCCUUGUCCCCGCACAAAGUUUCCAGAUAAUGGUGUUCGAUGCAAGUUAAUCUGUAACCUCGCCGUGCACGGGAGAGGCGGCAGCGGCUGGGAGACGGGCGGCGGAGCUGGUUUCAUUUCAGUGUCGGAAGGAGCUGGGCUUGAAGAUCCGAGGCUGUACAGAUAGAGUGAGUGAGUGAGAGAGGGAAGGGAACAAUGUCUUGGAACAGGGACGGGCUGGAUGCUAUGUCGGAGCCGGAGAAGAGCCAGCUGAAGCGGACCUUGGAGCUGGGUGCCGUUAUGACCGUGUUCAGCCUGAGGAAGUCCCAGCCCGAGAGGAGAACCUUGCAGGUGAUCAUGGAGACUCAGCAACUCUCCUGGAAUAGGACGGCGGACAAGAUCGAGGGUGUCCUUGAUUUACAAGAGAUCAAAGAACUCCGCCUUGGGAAAAACUCGAAGGACUUUGAGCAGAUUUCGAAAGAUCAAAGAGACAAAUACAGCGAUGAUGUUUGCUUCACGGUGUUCUAUGGCUCUGACUUUGUGCUGAACAAUCUCAGUUUGGCAGCUAAUUCAAAAGAAGAAGCUUCCAAAUGGGUAAAGGGACUGGAAAUCCUCUACAAAGAAGCUCAAAAUUCGUCAACGCCUUUACUAAUAGAAAGUUGGCUGAGGAAACAAUUUUAUUCAGUGGACUGCACACGGAGAAACAGCAUCUCCCUCAAGGAGCUGAAGCUGAUGCUACCUCUAGUGAAUUUCAAAGUACCAAAUGUAAAGUUCCUCAAAGACAAGAUGGGGGACAUGGGGAAUUCCAAGGAUGACGUUAGCUUUGAACAGUUUCACCAAUUCUACAAGAACCUGAUGUUCGAAAGCCAGAAAAUAAUUCUUGAGACCUUUAAAGCAGAGGGAUCUGUUUUUAUUCUUGGAAGAACAGACAAGCCCACUGCUUCAGUGUUGCACCUUCAUGAUUUCCAACGCUUUCUGCUCCACGAACAGAAGGAAUCGUGGGCCAGUGACGUGAAUAAAGUUCGAGAGCUGAUGACUCGAUGUAUUUAUGACACUUACAGAGAAACAAGUGAGCCAUUUUUUUAUGUGGAUGAGUUUCUCACAUAUCUGUUCUCAAAAGAAAACACAAUCUGGGAUACGAAGUAUGAUUCUAUUUGUGUCCAGGAUAUGAAUAACCCAUUGUCCCAUUACUGGAUCUCAUCUUCACAUAACACGUACCUCACAGGAGAUCAGCUUCGCAGCGAUUCAUCUACUGAGGCAUAUGCUAGGUGCCUUCGGAUGGGAUGUCGGUGUAUUGAAUUGGAUUGUUGGGAUGGGCCGGAUGGCAAACCCAUUAUUUAUCAUGGCUGGACACUUACAUCCAAAAUCAAGUUCGACGAUGUUGUUGAUGCCAUCAAAAUCCAUGCCUUUGUUACAUCAGAGUAUCCAGUCAUUCUUUCCAUCGAAGAGCACUGUACAAUUGAGCAGCAACGACAUAUGGCCAUCAAGUUCAAGGACACCUUUGGGUCAAUGCUUAUCACCAAACCAAUUGAAGCAAAUGCAGAACAGUUACCAUCCCCAGCACAGCUUACAAACAAAAUUAUCAUCAAGCACAAAAAACUGGAUACCCAGCAAGAGAACCUCUCUUCCACUGUAUACACCAGCUUCAAGGAGCUUGAAAAGAAAUCUGGAUUUCUCUAUAUUUUGGAUCCAAUUGAUUUGAAAUGGUACAAACAUUAUUGUGUGAUCGUAGAUGGCAAGCUGUAUUUUGCAGAGUCAAGUGACGAUGAUAAUGAAUUCACAAAAACAUCAUGCCAGGAAACUGAUAAUAUGUAUCGUCACUUUAAUGAGAAGUGGUUUCAUGGGAAGAUGGGCAAGGAUGGCAAACAGAGAGCCGAGAAGCUGCUGCAGGAGGUUUGUGCAGAAACAACAGGACGAGACGGGACGUUUCUGGUCCGUGAGAGUGAUACCUUCAACGGAGUCUUCACGCUGUCAUUUUGGAGGAAUGGAAGAGUUCAGCACUGCCGUAUUCGCACGUCCACAGACGCAGAGACCACAAAAUAUUUCCUGACCGAUAAUUUAACUUUCAACAAUAUUUAUGAUCUGGUGCAAUACUAUCAGACUGCGCCUUUACGAUGCAUUGAAUUUGAACUAUGUUUAACUGAAGCUGUACCCUGCCCAAAUCCUCAUGAAUUUCAGGAAUGGUAUUAUAAAAACCUAUGUCGAGGAGAAGCCGAGGACAUGCUGAUGAGGAUCCCGCGAGACGGGGCGUUUCUGGUUCGAAAGCGAGAUGAGCCCAAUUCAUACGCCAUUACCUUCAGGGCUGAGGGUAAGGUUAAGCAUUGCCGCAUUAACUAUGAAGAUGGAAAGUACAUUCUAGGGACGUCAGCAGAGUUCGACAGCCUCGUGGAGCUGAUCAGUUACCACAAAAAGCAGGCAUUAUAUAGAAAAAUGAAACUCCGAUAUCCAGUCACGGAAAAGGUGCUUGAGCGAUACAACAUGCAAAAAGACUACGGCAGUCUCUAUGGUAUAAAUUACGUGGAUCCAAAUGAACUUGCACCUUCUAAGGGUUCGGUAAAAGCUCUGUACCAAUAUAAAAGCCAACAACAAGAUGAACUCACUUUUCCCAGAGGUGGCAUUAUCCACAAUGUCAAAAAACAAGAUCAAGGAUGGUGGAAGGGGGACUAUGGAGAUCAAAUACAAAAAUACUUCCCAUCCAACUACGUUGAAGAAAUUGCUGCUGAAAUUCAAGAAGAUAUUGGCAGCCAGAUAACAGAAGAUAAUCCACUAGGAGUAUUUUGCAUAGGAAUCGUGGAACUGGCUAACUGUUCUGUUGUUAAGCAGACAAAUGGGAUGCACGAGAUGGCCUUUGUAUUCACGAUCCAACCUAAAGUUCCUGUGGAUGCUCCACCACUGGACAUUGCUACUGAAUCAUUGGAAGAUUUGUUUUCAUGGUACCAUGAAGUGGUACAAAAUUCUCAGAAGAUAUAUGUACAGGAGGAAAAUCGAAAUGAGAUGGAGAAGAAGCAACAAAUUGCCAAAGAGUUAUCUGAUUUAGUUGUGUACUGCAGGCCUGCAAAGUGCAAAGACAUUUUUCCAACUGCAAAAGACAUUAUUGAUUACAAAGAAAUAAGAUCAUUUGCAGAAAAUAAGGCAGAAGCUAUCCUCAAACAAAAGUCCAAAGAGUUUCGGGACUACAACCGUAAGCAACUAUCCAGAAUCUACCCCAAAGGCCAACGCAUUGAAUCUUCCAACUAUGACCCAAUUAUGUUGUGGCAACAUGGAUCCCAAAUGGCGGCUCUAAAUUAUCAAACGCCAGAUAGGUCAAUGCAGCUGAAUCAAGCCAUGUUUAAUAUGAAUGGAAAAACUGGGUAUCUGCUACAGCCUGAAUCUUUGAGAAGUGACAAUCCAAAUAAACACCGACCAUAUUCCAUUAAAGUAAAACUACUUGGUGCCCGUCAUCUACCCAAACCUGGGAGGAGUCUAGUCUGUCCUUUUGUAGAAGUGGAACUGUGUGGGCCUGAGAAUGACAAUGAGAUCAAGAAGUUCAAGACAGCGGUGAUAAAUGAUAAUGGCCUUAAUCCGGUGUGGUCAGGGGCAACUGAAGAGCAACAUAAGGAAUUUAUCAUCCAAGAUCCCUCUUUAGCUUUUCUCCGAUUUGGUGUGUAUGAAGAGGACAUGUUCAGUGAUCCAAACUUCUUGGCUCAUGCCACUUUCCCCAUCAAAGGAAUCAAAACGGGUUACAGGUCAAUUCCUCUUAAAAAUGGUUACAAUGAAGAUAUUGAAUUAGCAGCUCUUCUAGUCCAAUGUGAAGUGAAUCAUUUAGGGACGGGUGAAGAAGAACUGUACUCCUCGCGUCUGCAGUUACGGCAGCGGCCCGUUGAAGGGCUGUACGAUACUGCCCCAGUCAGGCAGCGGACACUAGAAGGAUUGUAUGGCAGCAGCAGCACGCCCCGGCAGAGGCACGCGUGUGAUCCAAUGUUAUACGAUUCCAACACACUGCCAGCUGGCCGGAGCGGAGGACAGAGGGACCAACUUCCAGAGGUUCCAAAGAGGAGAGGUAAAGAUAAGGAAAAGAGAGUUGGUCACACCAACAAGUUUUAAGUGUGAAAGAAGACUGCCUUUUGCCCGCAUCCAUGGUGCCAACAUAUUGUACAGCAAAAAUAUUGAUUAUUGUAAAUUAGGAAAUUGGUGGUUAAUAGAUCAGUAUAUUUAGUGGUUAUUGCACUAUAUCUUGUUAUUAUUUUUGUUGGAUAUUAGAAUCAUUAAUCUUCCCACUUCAAUAAAGUGCCUUUUAUUUUCCACAUUAAAUGGCCUGUUGACUCCAAAGGCUUUCCAAAGAAUCUGCCCUACAAAUGAUAAUCAAUUUAAAGGUUAUCACAUUUACAAUCCCAUGAAAUGAUCUUCGGAUAAAGUAGACAUAAAGAACUGCAGAUGCUGGAAUCAUAACCAAAAUACACAAAGUGCUGGAGUAACUCAUCGGGUCAGGCAGCACACCUGGAGUACACAGAUGGGUGACAUUUUGAGUUGGGACCCUUCAGAAACGUCACCAAUCCAUUUUCUCCAGAGAAGCUGCCUGGCCCUCCACAAAAUUACUCCAGCACUUUGUGUUUUACUCAUUUUCAGAUGAACUUGAGUUGAUUUAUCAAGUUUGAACUCUGGUAAAAAACAGAUUGGGUUGGCACAGUGGCAUAGCUGGUAGAGCUCACAGCACCAUAGACCUGGGAUCAAUCCUGACCUCACGUGCUGUCUGCGCAGAGCUUGCAAGUUCUCCCUGUGACUCCGUGGGUUUCCUCCGGAUGCUUCAGUUUCCUCCCACAUACCAAAGACAUGCGGAUUUGUAGGUAAAUUGGCCUCUGAAAAUUGCUCCCCGUGUGUUGGGAUUAGAUGUGUGAGAUAACAUAGAACUAGUGUGAACAGGUAAUCGAUGGUCAGCAUGAACUCGGUGGGCUGAAAGGCCUGUUUCCAUGCUAUAUCUUCCAACCAAUCAAAAUGACUUCAAAAUUAAUAUGGAUUGCAAAUGGGAUUUAAAUAUUAAAGUGAAUUAUAAAAAUGAUAGAUUGAGAACAAAAUACUGCAGAUGUUAUAAAAAUGAAAUAAAAAAAUUGCAAAUACUCUGUGGAGAGAAGCAGAAAUGACAUUUAAACUCACCAACCUUUUUCUGUAAUUGAGAUAUGAUGAUGCAUCAACGACUUGAGCUAGUAGCUCUACUUUUCACUCCACGGAUGCUGUCUGAUCAGAUGAGUUUAUCCCAAAUUUUAUGUGCUUAAUUUAUGAAGAAUUGAGAUUAACUUGAUGAAUCAUGUACUAAUAGGACCAGAAUAUAUUGUGUGUCAGUGUUCCAUUUUGACAUUUCCAAAACAGAAGUUGGAGCAUUGAGACAAGAUGGAAUAGGUUGUCAUGUUCAGAUAUUGAUGUAUCAUUAAAAUAUAUUGAGACUGUUAAUAACAUAUAUCAUGCAAUGCAGAGGAAGAACAAAGCCCAAUAAAUGUUUUCUGAAGAGAAAUGAUACUUGGUAUCAAACCAAAGAAGUGGCACGCCAUGGAAGGUCAAAUAGACAACAUGACUAGACCCAAAUCAAUGGGAAACACACAAUUAGUUUGGUCCCGUAGUGAGGAAAGAAAACAUUACAUCAGUAAUUUCAACAGUGUAGGAAAAAUACUACAGUCCUGUAAAUUAUAAUUUUUCUUCAAGAUUAUGGUUGGCAUUCAAUUAUUAGAGAAUAUUACCUCACUUGACAGUUUUCAUUAAACAGGUUGGAUCAUAGGAUUGAGUUGAAAAUUAAAAGUAUUCACAGCAUGAUAUUUAGUUAGUACCAGCCAGUUCAACGUUUCAAGUAAAUUAAGUUCAGAAUACCAAGCAUUUUUUGUUUGCAUUUAUAAGUCUAUGAAGCAUUAUGUUAAAGCAUGCGGAUUCUUUCCUUUUGAUGAAAAAUUGUAUGGAAGUUUUUUUUCAUAUAGCUUAACUUAUGCAGGCAGGCUUGUUGAACUCCAAUUCCCCCCUGCAGGAAACAUUAAUCUGGAGUAUAAAACUGCCUCAGUAUUAAUUAUGUGCAUUUGACCUUUGAUGAGGCACAUCCGGUAUCUGCAAAGAGAAAUUUUGGUUAAUUUAUUCAACGUCACCUACUUUUCUUGCCUAUUCCUAAAAUGUUCUGUAUUUACCAAAUGUAGAGGGUUCCAUUUGUGCCUUAUAACUUAUUUCCUGAUAUUUCUUUCUUACCAAGAUUAAUUUAAAUAUCAGCCUUCUGUGAGAUUUGAAAAACUCUGGCUUACCUCCUCCUAAGUAAAAAGGUCGCUGUAUAUGUACUAACACUUCCAAAGAUCCCAUUUGCACGCUGUGACUAGUAUUUGAGAGUCUAGCAGGAAAUUUCUGCAGUGCAGGCAUUUAAGGAAACUGGAUUUGUAUCUUCAAUGGAACCACAAAUCACAAAACGAUAAAUAAUUUAUUAAAAAUCUGAGAUAGUCAGGAAAAAACUACUAUACCAUUUUUGUAGUGUAGUAAUACAUAAAAAUGUCUGUAGUGCCACUUUACAUAGCAAUCGUUGCUUUUUAUUUCUGCAGUAAAUAUUUGCAGAAUUAUUUUCAUCAGAAGCUUUAGGCUGUUAUCCAAUGUACAUUCUCCGUUUAAAUGUACUUUAUAAUUCCAUUGUGAAUGUAUAUUUGAUGUUAAAUCCGAAAAUUUGCAAUGAAUCCAGUCAUAGUAGUAGUAGUGGAAAAUAAAAUACAGAAAGUUCUUAUAUGUUUUCAUGUUUUGUCUUUCCAUAAUUUUUUGCUAUUUUGGGAAUUUUAAGGAUGACAGUAGUUGAGAUAUAUGUGUCAAUGGCUGAUCAGUACUGACAGGUUGUUGUGGGUGAGAUUGUUGUUUCUAUUAAACUAAGUUUAAUGUGAGAAGUACAUAUAUAAACAUUUCCAGUGUGCCUUUACCUGAAGUGCAUCACUUCUACAAGUAUAAUCUCAUAAAAGUCAAAAUCAUUGUUAAACACAGGACAGAAAAAAUGUUACAUUUUUCUUUGAAAACUAUUCUCAACUGUUCUGGAUAAUUACCAUUAAUAUUAAUUUCCACUAAUUUUAGUAAUGCAAAAUGUCAUUGUGCUAAGAUAAUGCUUGUUCUAUGCAUUUUUAAAAUGAAGUUAAGAACUGCAUCUGUUGAUUUUCACGAAUAGAGUUAUGAAACUCAUGAAUUUUCAUCUUUUAGUAUCACUCUUCAAAAUGUUGUAUGUUUUGUGUCAUUCGCAACGGAAAUUAAUGUAGACAAUUUACAAAAGGUUAUGUACAUCAGUUCUAAUUUGAAUGUUAAUGUUAAGAUGAUGCACUUCUGAAAUUAUGAUUCAGUCAUUUAUCAUUCCUGUUGAAUCUUGAAAAAACGACUGACAUUAUCCAAAUCAUCCAAAGAGUUCUCUGGGAGGCAAUGUACUUCCAUAGAAAAAAACAAUUGGACAAUAAAUAGAUGAAAUAUUAGACUAUUGCAUAUGUAAGCAUCCAUCAUGCAAACACUGGAGGAUAGAUAGUAAGGAACAAAUGCAAUAAUGGAAACAAGAAACAUAAGCAAAAUGCAGGAAAUACACAGUAUACAGGAUAAUAUAUACCUGGUCUACAUUUUCAGUAUUUUCUGCUUUCUAACAUAUUACUUACGUUUUUUUCUAGUCCAGUUUUUCAUUACAUCUAUUUUAAAAUUGAGUUACAAAAACAACAUUUGAUUCAAACAUUUUACAGUUGCUACCGGUAAUUACUUUAUUGAGCUGAAUGACUUCAAAUUGGUUAGUAGGAUGUGUCUUAUUUAUAUUUUUGUUAUUCCUUUCUCUAUCUAUUGUGUUACAUAACUUUGGAUUAAUCAUUUUCUAGUUAUGGUGUAUCAGCAGUUACAUUUUAAAUGGAUUCAUUUUUUACAUUAUGAUUGAAAUCUUUGCAGAAUGAAAAGUAGGUCAGUGAAUACAGUUUGUGCUAUUUCCAGAAACUGAUAAUUUGUUGUA